AUGGGUGAUGUUCCAGUAGAAGAUGCGCCUUUCCCGCUGACGGAUGUCGACAAGUGGGCCCUCUCACAGACGGACGAGGAGUUCAAGAAACACGGCUGGGAGGAGCUCAAAGAGAUUAUCGAGACGAACAAGCUGGAGGUCCUGAAGAGGAAGCCGUCAGACUUGCGUCGAUACAUGAAAUGGACGGCCGAAACCAAGGCCGAGUAUGGCUCCAUGACCAAAUACCUCCUCGCGAACCGCCUGCCCAAGCCAUGGGGCGCUCCCCCAUUCACCCCGAAGUCUCUGGUCCCGUUUGAGGACCCAUCGGACUACCGGGUUCUCGUCAAUGACUGGCCGUACGGCCUCGAUCCGGGCAUCACCCAUAUCGUCGUCUGGUCGCGCACCAUCAUCCCGACAGACGCCGAGACGGGAGAUAUGACGCCAGCGAGCAGGCGUACUGUGCACCACUUCAUCGAUAGGUACUUUGUUCAAAGCCUCGGCGAGGGCGGAGCGGGACAAGUCGUCUGGUUCAAGAACUGGGUCGCGUUGCAGAGUGUCCGGGCGCUCGAGCAUAUCCACGUGCUGGUGCGAGAUGUAGAUGCCGAAGUCAUCCAGAAGUGGACCGAAGAGAAGCCGUGGCAUAGACAAGCUUGA